AUGGCUCUCCAAACCUUAGCCUUCGUGCUGGCCUUUGUCCCGCUGGCCACGGGCCACGGCUACCAGAAAUACAUCUCCGAAUAUGCCGGCGAUUAUUUGAAGCAGUUUGGCAAAGGCUCCGGAUAUCAAGACUACAUCCAGACAUACGCUGGCAUGAAGUCCGAUGCCCCCAAGGAAGCCCAAGCCGUGAGUCUGAUGGCUGCCGACACCAGCAAAGGCCACACCAAGAAGGAGGACGAAUCUGCAGAAGGCGGUGGCUAUCAGAAGUACAUGUCCCAGUACGCAGGCGACUACCAGAAGUACAUGCAAGGCCAGGGCAAGGGUGCCCAGGGUGGCGGACAAGGUGGUGACUACAAGAAGUACAUGUCUAACUACGGGAAGGAUUUCGAGAAGUACAUGCAAGGGCAAGGAAAGGGUUCGCAGGGUGGUGACUACCAGAAGUACAUGUCCAAGUAUACGGGCAGCUAUCAGAAGUACAUGCAAGGUCAGAAAGAGGGCACGCAGGAGAAGAAGGAGGAGGACAAGGACACUGAGACGACCCCUGCUUUUCUGUUCUAUGCCCCUUUGCUGUUGCUGUCUGUGGCUGGCAUGGGCUCCAUGUAUGUGGAGUGCCAGCGCCGCGCGGGCCGUCGCCAGCAACCUGAGGGCUACUUGCAGCUAGAGGCAGAUGACCGGUGCAUGAUCUUCACGACGGUUGAUUGGCUGAAGUCGAGGUCUAACCAUGCAGCUUCGCAGCUUCUGAGACACCUUGGUGCGGAAUUGGUGCGGAGAAAAAUUGCUGUGCGAUUCCGUCUGGAUUUGCCCUUAGAGAACGGCCAGAUCUUGCGCCUCUACCCAGAGCGAGGCUUGGAUGCCGCCUCUGCAUACCAGCAACUCUACCAGCAGGCGGCUGCGUACCAGCAAGUAGCCCAGGCUGGGUGGUGA